AUGCUCCGCUCCCGCCGCUCCCGCCGCUCCCGCCUCCCCCCGGUGCGCGCGGCGGCGGCGGCGGCGACACGUGAUGGGGCGGCCCCGGGCGCCCCGCCCCGCCCGGGGGGGCGAGGGGACACCGGCACCGGGGGGGGGAACGGGGGGGACGGGACAGCCCCGCACCUGCAGCACCGGCGGGGGGACACGGGGACUCAGCCCCGCGCUGACACACGGACACCCCCCCACACACACACACCCACCGGCGGGACCCCGGCCCCGGGAACGGGAACGGGGGGACAUCGGCACCGGCACCGGGCGGGGAACGGGCAGGAACCGGCCGGGCUCGGCCCCGCACCUGCCGCUCCGGGCGGGGACUGGGGGGGCUCAGCCCGCGCCGGUCACGGACCCCCAGCCCGGCCGGGACCCCCGGGAGGGGCACGGGGACACCGGCACCGGGAGCGGGAACGGGGGCCUGUCGGGGCGCACCUGCUGCGUGCGAGGGGAGGGACUCGGGGGCUCGGCCCCGCACCGGGGAUGCCCCGGCCCCGCCGGGACUCCCCCCCGCCGCCCUUCGCCCCGCGCCGGGCGGGGCCGGUACCGGGAACUGCGGGCGGCGACUCCUGCGCGGCGGCGGGGAUGGAGCGGCCGGUGCCGCUGCCCCGGGGGACCCGGCCCCGCGCCCGGCACUACUACGAGGGAUUCGUGGAGAUGCGGGGGCCAGGUGAUCAGGGCUACCGGAGGGUCUGGGCCGGGCUGCGGGGGCUCCAACUCGCCUUCUACAGCGGGCCCCGGGACCAGGAGCCCCUGGAGCUGCUGGACCUGGGCGAGCUGGUGACCGUGCAGGCCAAGGACGGGCUGCUCAUCCUCAGGCUGAGGGGACAAGAGGUGACAAUGAAGAUGAAGAGCUGGGAGAUGCAGGAGAUGUGGCGGGGAUUCAUCCUGAUCAUGGCCAAGAUGAGGAUGCCCCCGGACCUGGCGCUGCUGCCCGGACACAUCUCCCAGCUGCUGGAGGCUCUGAGGGAGGAGCAGCAGCGCAGGGGCACCUCCGUGUGUCCGGCCACCCCCGUGUCACCGGCCAGCUCUGUGACCCCGGCCACCCCCGUGUCACCGACCACCCCCGUGUCACCGGCCAGCUCUGUGACCCCGGCCACCCCCGUGUCACCGGCCACCCCCGUGUCACCGGCCAGCUCUGUGACCCCGGCCACCCCCGUGUCACCGACCAGCCCCGUGUCACCGACCACCUCCGUGUCACCGACCACUGCCGUGUCACCGAUCACCUCCGUGACCCCGGCCAGCCUCGUGUCCCCCAGCCCCUCUGAGCCGGUCCCCAGCUGUUUUUUCCAGGUGACUCGAGCCGAGGCUGAGCUGCUGCUGGAGCUGAGCGCGCCCGGGGGGAAUCUCCUGCUGCGGCCCGGGGGACACGGCCAGGGCGUCUCGGUCACCACGCGGCAGGAGCUGAGCGGGAGAGCGGUGCUGAAGCACUACAGGGUGAAGAGGGAGCCCCGGGGUUACCUCAUCGACCUGGAGAGCCCGCACCGCUGCUCGUCGCUGGCAGACGUGGUGCAGUUCUUCGUGCGGAGGAGCGAGGGCAGCCUGCGGCCCCUGGAGCCCGAGUACAGCUCCCAGCUGGAGUUCGUGCCCAUAGAGGGGGACCCUGCCCCGGCUGCAGCCGUGCCCAGGGCGGCCCCGAGGAGGGGCAGGAGCCCCCCGGGUCUGGGGCUGGUGCCCGAGCAGCAGCUCUACAUGAACGACCCCGGCAGGAGCCAGGAGGUGCUCAGGGAGCUGCGCAGGAAGCUGCAGCAGCGCCGGGCUCAGUGAUGGGGACACGCUGGGGACACGCUGGGGACACCCCCUUGGUACCAGCAGG